UGUACGUAUUAGUCUUCAUCGCAGAUUCAAGCUGGAUAGGCUUGGUAAAGUUAGCAUUAAUUAGUUUUAUAUCUCCCGUUAUUUACGGUUACGCUUAUAAAAUCUGGGCUUUACUUUAAGUUUGUUUGUGAGUACAGGAAAAUGGCAAAAGCUUUUGCUCUUUUUAUCUUUGUAGUAGCGACUCUUGUUAGUCAGAACACUGGAAAUGUCAUGAGGCUUCAAGGUUGUGGUGGACGAGUUUUCGUUGACGAAGCGGUCGUGAUUGAUGCUCCUUUGCGUGUAGAUUGCGUGUGGGAGUUUGAAACGCAAGAGGACCGUAUCCUAGUUGUGAGUAUCGUAAACGGAAACUUAAACGAUGCCGAAGAGUAUUUCAGUAUUCAUGAUGGAACUGAUAGCGAUUCUCCGAUUCUCCGCGUAGAAAAUCAGAAGAUUCACGAAGUUUCACGAAAAGAUUUGCCACAGUCCGUGUACACGACUCUACCCGAAGCCAGCAUUCGAUUCAGAAAGACACCUACUUCAAAUUUGCAACUCAGAAUUCAGAAGGCUGUUCCCUGUCCAUUCAAUCUAGGGCUAGAUAGUCAAUGUGGUCGAGUGGUUGACGAGCUUUCGUGUUAUUGUGCUACAUUCACUAACAGAGUUCAGACAGAUCAAACAAUGUAUUGUAUUGACAACAACAUGAAAUUGAUAUCUUUCGAAAAUGCAACCGAAGAGCAGAUAAUUCAAUCAACCUGGGGAACUCAAGUGGAAUAUUGGACUUCAUUGACCGAUACCCGGCGAGACGGAACUUGGCUCUGGGAGAGCUCGAUGACCGUUGCUGUUUACACAAAUUGGUAUCCUGGAAAACCGAAUACUGUGGCUUCCAACACCGAUGAUUGCAUGGUCUACGGUGGUGCAAAAUUCUUGACUUUUUGGGGUGAUACUUCUUGUGGAACUAUGGCUCAUGCUAUUUGCGAAGCCAACCCAUAACUCGUAAUCAAAUGACCAGCAUGUAUGUGACCAAUCCAACUGGAAAAUAAAAUGUUAAUAUAGGCAAAACUUACAUUUGUGUAAUAAACUAUUUGCUUUUCACUUAA